AUGGCGCCACGAGGGCCGCCCUUCGACUUCGACCUCAACGAGCCGCCGCCGGAGGACGACGGGGCGAUUGGCGCCUCUCCUGCCCGGGCGCCGGAGCCCGUGCGCGAGCCCUCGCCGAGCGAUCUGCUGCCUCCGUUGCCGCACGAGACGCUGCCCUCGCCACAGCACGAGGAUCCGUUGCCUCCGCCGGGGCACGAUCCGCUGCGGCGGCCCGUGCCCGAGUCCUUGCCGCGCGAUCCGCUGCCAUCGCCGGCACCUGAGCCGUCGCCGCGCGAUCCUCCGCAUCUGCCGUCGCCGGUGUUAGACCUGGAGGCGCCAUUGUCUCCUCUCGACGAUGACGACUACGACUACGACGAGGCGGACCUGCCCCCGCCCCCGCCUCUGCCUCCGUUCGGCCUGCCCGUCGCCGCGGCGCCGGCGCUGUCGUCGUCCAGCGUGGACACGCCCCGCGCGGUUCCGGCACCCCCGAGCCGCCGCGGCGGGAGAACGUCGCGGGAGCCGUUCGGUGACGCCGCUCGGCUCUCGUCGCCCGAGGAUCCGGCUCUGCGUGGCCCCUCCAGGGCGGCGAGCGGCGCGGCGCCUCCCCGCAGGUCGCGGAGCAGGCGGCACUCGUACGGCCCCCGCGACGGCGGCGCGAUCUCCAAACAACGUCGCGUCGACUGCUACGACGAGGACGCCAGGUCGUCCCGGAGCGGGAGCCGCCGCUCGGAACCCGGCUCCCCGCGUCGGCACGAGCGCUCGGAACUCGCCUUCCCGCCUCUGUGGGGUUCUCCCGACGAUGGCCGGCAGAGCCCGGAAAAAGACGACAUCAACGGUGGGUAUCACCAGCGCGGGGAAGCGCCGCCUGCUUUCAGGCCGUCCUCUCGACCGCGCGGCGGGGAUAAUCCGUACAAUGGUCGCCGAGGCCAGGCGCAAGAACCCCCGAAGAUCGGCGGGUAUCAGCACGGUGGAGCGCACGGCGGGGACGGCUCAUCCGGCGAACGGCAGAGCCCGUCGCGACAGCCCGUCAGCGGCGGUGCGUAUCGGCAAAGGAAAAAGCCUCGUGACCAGCCGUACCAUCCCUACGCACGGGACGGCGGCGCGCUCGACAGGAGCGGCGGCGGCGGCGGGCAAGCGUGGCGCGCGCCGGCGUGA